AUGUACAAGCUCAUCACUGCUUCCCUUCUGGCCUCUGUCGCCCUUGCGGCAGGCCACAGCGGCCUCCUUGCCCGCCAGGUCUCCAGCUGUGAAUCACAUACUGGCUUCAAGACCUGCAAGGACGCUUGCAUCCCCAUCAGUUACACCUGCUGCCCCAUUGGCGAGGGUGGCUGCGAGCCAGGCACCUACUGCACGGACGAUGGCUGCUGCCCCAUCGGGGAGAUCUGCUCUGGACCCGGCGGAACCGUUACUGGAACCUUGACCGAUACCAUCACCAACACCUUGACCAACACUCUUACCAAUACUCUGACAAACACACACACCGAGACCGCGACAGCUACUACCACUACUGAGGAGACCACUUCUACCUCUACGUCUACGUCCACGUCUACCUCGACCUCUACUUCCACCCCCACCUCUCACCCUGUGAUCCCCACUCAGCCCACCGUCACUUCUCCCAGCUCCACUCCAAGCUGGACCCCCUCGCCUUCUGCGUCCGGAAGUGAGGGCCCCUCCAGCUCCACCGCCAGCCCUUCCUCCCCUCUGUUCACAGGCGGCGCAUCCAACCUGAACGCCGGACUCGGUGCUGUGGCCGGUCUGAUUGCAGGAGCCGCUCUCCUGUAA